AUGGACAUAGACGGACCCGCCCCUCCUGGGGCCGCUGCUCCCACGCCCAGCAGCACUCACACGCCAGAGAGUCUGCGACAGCGUCAACGAGAUCGCCUUUCCCCUCGAGGUCGGUUCGCGAAGACAAGUCGCAUAUCGGAGAGUGUGCGAGAGAUUGAUCCGUCACGGAAGAAUGGAAUUACACUAUCGCCAGCCCCGAAGCCCAAGGCCAUUGGAACCCGAUCGUCGGACUUGAUGAAGAAGAAGCAAUUGCAGGACGGCUUGCGCAAGGAAAACAGUGUCAAUCGACGUGCUAGGAGAGACGCAGAGGAUAUGAGAUAUGAUGUGACGCCAGACGGUGGUUCAGCGGGACGAGAAGGACGACAGUUCACGGUUGCAAAGGUUGGCAACAAUGGCAAAAUAUAUCUUCGUCCUACAAUUCGUCCUGCAAAUCAACGGUACCCUCAGCCGUCGUUCGUUUUCCCCAUCACCCCACCAAGCACUGCUGGACUGGAUGCAUUGGUAGCACGCAACGAGGCCGAUGACUCUCAACGAGAUAGUCUGUGGACUCCUACGCGUUCACCAGCAACGCCUGCUCAACGUGAUCGCGAUCAAUACUUUCCUCAAAUCAAAUCGCCGACUCAAAAACCGCGCCAUAAACGUGCGCAUUCAUAUUCGACCGUGGAUGAGCAGCACGUACCGGUAUUAGACUCGGAUGCAGGUGCUUUCAAGGUGGUAAUUGAGAGGCCAGGGACCGGACCAAAGCCUGCUGAGACUUUCAUUGGAAUACCGACACUUGAGGUCCCAAUACCUUCAUACAAGUUAGGCACGCCUAGAUUCAGUAUGCGCGGGACGGCAUUCCUUCGAGGAUCGUCCUAUACCACCACCGAUGACAUGCGGUCUAGCGUCUUUUCCUACAAAGAUGCAUCCCGAGAACAAAGUACCGAUCGACGACCGCGAAUCCUUUCUCGGCGUCACUCCGACGCGUCCCCACAACCUUACCAACCUGCUGUUCCCGCAAGUCCUUUCGGUGGCUCGAACCAGUCCAUUGCCCCUGGUAUCAUUCGACAAAGGACAGCCAUCACUCCUGACAUGUUUGACGCUCUUACUUUCAAACCAGAGUGUGAUCAUCCUUCCGUCGUCCGAUACUCAGCGAGUGGAGGAAUAAGAGCGGCGACUCCAGCGCGCCUGGUAGCUGAGAUCACCUCCCCGACCUUCGUAGACUAUGACUUACUGUCUGACUUCUUUCUCACCUUUCGCUCGUUUCUCGAGACAUCAGACUUAUUGUUCAUGCUAAUCGCGCGUCUCAAGUGGGCCUUGGCUAGAGGUGACGAGACUGGAACGGUAGUCCGGGUCAGAACCUUCGUGGCGAUUCGACAUUGGAUUUUGAACUACUUCCUGGAUGACUAUGUUGUUGAUUAUGACUUGCGGGUCUCGUUUUGCGAUCUGAUGAACAACUUCGCCCGCGAUAUAGACCAAGAUCCUGUACGCACGAAGAUUCCAUUGAAGAUUGUUGGAGAACUGAAGAAAUGCUGGAGGAGAGUGUGUGCAUUAUAUUGGGAUGGACCGGAAUUCGAUGCAGACCUUGGACCUGAUAUUCCUAUCCGACCUGGAGGAGUGGCGGGUUCUCGAAAUCCAAAACUGGACCCGAGCUUUUGGGAAACACAUCCAAAUGGACCUCCAAGAUUAGACGGUAUCAUUGAACCAGAUUUCAUCGAUUCCGAAGCGGAAGCUGCCGAUCGUCAAAACUUCUUUGCAGAUGUUUCUCGUGCUGGUCAUCUCGAUACCAUGAUUAUGCCUCACCAGAUUCCGACGAUCCAGAAAGAAGAUCCUUUGGAAGAUCCUCCUCUAUCGCCUACAAGUAUAAUGAGCGAAGACUUCGUCUCCUGUUCUUUCCCAUCACGUACGCGAGCAAACGGAGGCACAAACCCUCUACGUGCUCAUCCAGUCCCAGCAAGCUCAAUCUAUGACACGUCACCUCACGUAGCAACAACGCCGAGAGCCCUCACUGGCAAACGAGUCCGGCCGACGCAUGCACAUAAACGGAGUGCAAGCUUCUCUGAUUCGCUUAGGGAUAAGAGAGCGCAGCAACAACCUGUUCACAAGGUUAUAUACAAGAGUACUGAGCUGUUCCUUGCUCUUCCUUAUGCUGGAAGUCUCGUCAGGGGAAAUCUUUUCCCGCCCGGACAGGCCUUUGUCGAAGUCCUCGCUCCCAGUACACCUGCGGAAAUGAAUCGCCAGACGACAUUAUUUCCUGGCACAGGUGCAAACCAGAAGGGUCCUUCUGCUAUGUCUGGACCUGGGAUGAAAAAGCUCUUGGGUAGUGUUCGUCGUGCAUUGAGUACUAGGACCGGCCAAAGUCCGAAUGCAUCUCCAACGCAAGGAAGCUUUCCUAACAUCCCUCCACUGGGAGUUAGAGGUGCGACAAUCAAUCGUCUUCCUGGUACCGCAAUUGUCCCGCAAGCUCGUCCCCGCAAUACUAGCGCGAAAGCACCUAUGCGUAUCGAUCUGCUAGGAGCAGAAAUCGCUGAAGACUUUAAAAAGGCUGUCAGAGAGGAUGCGGAAGCAGAAGCAGAACUACGAGCAGCUGCGGAUCACAAAUCAACCAAGAGCAGUGAACACGAGACUGCUCUAAACUACUCUGUGAUGGCUCCAGACAUUACCUUUGAAGAUUCCCGGCCUACUCCUCAUAGAGCACCAGUCAGUGAGAUGACCACCGGCAGCAAAUCAAUAGUCAUCGUAGAUGAUACACUGCCUACCGAUCUGCCAGUGAUGACAGGGGCCUUGCCAAUGAACCCAUCUGUCGAUACAUUUGCCGAUACGUUUAUGCAUCCGUCUGGAGGACCUACACCACCUUCAACACCCCCAGAUGCUCCUCUUGGAACCCCACGACGAUCAUCCCAUCUCCUGGGCCAACAUACUAGGACUCGAUCACAUUCCUUCGAGCAGACCCCUUCUCUUGUGAAUGAUUCUCGGCCUUCAGGAGAUGAUGGCCGUUCGCCAAGUCAUAGGCCACCAGGAAGGCUCGCAAUGCGAGGAGCUCGAGGUCAGUCGUACAAGUCAAAACGAUCCCUAUCUUUGCGGCGCUAUGCUUCUUACCACAGCGGCUUUACUCGAGAUCUCAGUGAGCGCAGCUUCGAUGCCUCAACUUUCUCCGAAGCUGAGGACGUACACCGACUCUCAGAUGUACCGUCAGUGCCCUUGCCUCUUCGAGUUCUUCGAAGACGUCCAGGAGGUGAUCUGCGAGCAGUCUCCAAUGUUGGGGAUCUGAACGCUCAUCCUCUCCGAAGACCAAUGUCAACAGGAUCACUGACGACCUACUCGGAGUCUGUUCGCAGCUCAUACUUAUUCGGACAUGUGUCUAGCGAUUAUGUUGACGUUCCUCAAGAAGAGCAACCCCAGACGACUUCGACGUUCUCCUUGGGAGCAUUGGCAGAGUCUUCGCCAAAACCCCGUGCUUCACUUUUCAGCACGCACUCUUCUCAACCAGUCAUGCGCCCAUCAUUUGAAAAAGAAGCUCAAAUGCUUGCACAGAUUCCGGACGACGAGGACGAUGACGGUGGAGUUGAAUCUGCGCUUUUGAAGUUAGAGGGCAAGUUUGAGAAGAGACGCUCUGAUGUAUCUGGACAAACUCAACCGCAAGAGCUCUUAGCGGAUGGCAACAGCUUCGGUCGCCAAGUCAGCACAAUCGACGAAGAAGAGGAAGAAAAGCGACGCCACCGACAGAAGCAUGUUCUUGAGACUGGGAUGACAAAGACUCCACCACCAUUUAUCGAAACAUAUCGACCUCAGCAGGUCUCCAAUCUCGAAGAACUAAAGCCUACAGUCUAUCAACCUCGAAGAAUGCAACCUCCCGCGUCUUCAAUGCUCAUCUCACCUAGAUCAGUCGAGUCCUACAACUCGAUACCACUUUUAGAAAGAGGCCUGACCGAUGAUGGCAACGAACGUAGAGAACGCAACUGGUCGGAUCAUUCGAUUCUACGAGAUGCAAGCAACGAGAGAGCUGCUUUCGAGUUUCAGACACCUGAAUCUUCCCAUGUCAACUCGUUUGACUUCAUCGAAGAGACUGACAGCAUGAAGAGAAUUGCCGCAGGAGACACGAGACCAAGUGUUAGUCAGUCAUUUCUGGACACUGACAGUGAUGCACGUAGCGAUCUUUCGUCCGAAAUAUCCAUGGAAAUCAUCUCAAGAACGGAGUAUACUGCGCACGACUCAACUUCUACCCGAGCCUUUCCUCCCUUCCGCUCCGGAACCAACAAAGAAAAUGAUCUUCCAUCUCAUCCCUUGGCUCAUCCUCCAUCGCCUCCCAUGACGUUAAUUCAAGCUCUUCAGUUGUCCCCCAACACGGCUCACAUUCCAAUGGUUCAUGAGGGCCAAUUAGACCAGCAGCAGAAGCAGCACAAGGCACUUCCGCCAACGCCAGAGAUUACUCCUACUGCCACCUUUCCCAUUAAAGGAUUUGGAGGCACUAGAGGAGCUUCUCCAACCAUGGAUCCUCUCAGGUCACAUCAAAUUCCUGAAGCAUCUCGCAAAACUUCAGUCCAUUUGCCUUUCACUUUGGCAUUUGAUUCGCAGGUUCUUGCUCAGCAGUUCACCUUGAUCGAGAAAGAUGCUCUGAAUGAGAUAGACUGGAAGGAUCUCAUCGAGAUGCGUUGGAAGGAUGCCUCAACAGAAUCUCGUUCUUGGGUUGACUUUCUUCGCGCUUCUGAACCCCGCGGAGUUGAAGUUGUCAUUGCCCGGUUCAAUAUCAUGGUAAAGUGGGCUGUAUCGGAGUGUGUGUUGACCCAAGACCUCGGAGAGCGUGUGCGGUGUAUCAUCAAGUACAUUCAUAUUGCUGCACAUUGUCGCAAGUACCGCAAUUUUGCAACUAUGACUCAACUCACUGUUGCUCUUACCUCGAAAGAUGUUGCGCGUCUCACAAAGACCUGGGCACACGUACCAGCAGCUGAUGUACAGACCUUGAAGGAACUUGAGACUCUUGUUACGCCAACACACAAUUUCCACAACUUGAGAGCUGAGAUGGAAGGCGCUGGAGGUGAUCAAGGAUGCAUUCCUUUCGUCGGAAUCUACACUCAUGACUUACUUGUCAACUCGGAAAGACCCAGCCAAAUUGCAAGCACACCAACCACGGAGCCGUUAGUCAACUUUGAGCGCUGCCGUACUGAUGCUACGAUUGUCAAGAAUCUACUGAGAUUGCUGGAGGCCAGUCAACUGUACAGAUUCGUUCCGAUCGAGGGGGUCACAGAGAGAUGUUUGUGGAUGGCUGCACUCUCUGACGAAGAGAUUUCUAGAUACGGAAAGAUCAUUCAGCCAUGA